AUGGGCUCCGCCAACCCCGCCAUCCCCGCGGGGUCUCCGCUCGGGUCGCGCUCCCGCCGCGCCUUGGCCUCUCCGGUGCGGGACGUGCGGCUGGCGGACCGCGGGGAGCACGGCGGCGGCGGAGGAAACAGCAAGCGGCUGGCGCAGCUCUGCAUUCUCCGCACAGCGCAAGCGCAACUCAACUCCGCGCAUCCCCUGCGCCCCCCGUCUUCCGCGCAGCCGUCCCCCAUUUUCUCCGCCGAGUCCCCCAGCUCUCUGCUGUGUCAGGCGGGAAGCGCACUAUCGUCUUCUGCGCAGGCGCGGGCGUCGUUUGAGUCGGUCCAGGCGCCGUGCAGCGCGCCGAGCGGCCCCAUGUCCGCGCAAGAGGGCGCAGCGGACAUGUUCGACCCGUUUCUCCUCCCCGCGCCCGCCUUUCCGCUCCACGACCAGCCCUCCUCCCCUCCGCCCCUGCCGGUGGCGCAACCCGCGCAAGCACCGUCGGCGGAAGACACGGACGCAACUUCCGCGGACCGCGGAGACAGGUGUGGGACGGCGGAGCCUCUCCAGCAUGGUGAUAUCGAUGCCCCGGCAGCUGCUAUGGCGGCGGAAACCACGGAGAAGAAUGGGACAAUGGCGAGGGAUGAACGGAAUGGGGAGAAUUCGGAAAAGCAGGAUGGAAACGGAGUCGGGCGGAUUCGGAUGGUGGGCGAAAAUGGCGCGCAGAUGGGCGUAAUGCGGGCUGGGAAGGCGGCUCAGGCGGAGCCUUUCGGAACGCGCGCUGGCGCCGAGUGCGCAGAUCGUGAGAACGUGGGGCGCAUUGACAGCCGGGGGACCUUGGGGGGGAAGCGGGGCGACAAUCCUGGCGCAUGUAGCCGCGACGCGCAGAACCCGUCAGUACGAAGCACGCUCAUGGAACUGGCAGCCAAUAAGAAGCUGCCACAUGGGCCGCGCAAGGGCGACCCGAUGUACGAGUGCAAGCGCUGCCCGUUGGCCUCCCCCGCCCGCUCCCCCCUGUCCCACUCCGCCGCGCUGACUCCCCCCGUGCACCUCCCCUCCCGCCUGCACAUCCCUGCUGCGCUCACCGGUUUGACCCGCGGGGGGAAUGGGGGGGUGGGCAUGGGGAGGCUGGGGCUGGCGGCGCCUGGUAGCUGUGGCAACUUGGCAGCGGAUCCAGAGUACCGGUUUCUCGACAGUGGCAAGUCCGUGGCGAGCAACUUGGCAGCGGAUCCAGAGUACCGGUUUCUCGACAGUGGCAAGUCCGUGGCGAGUGUGAAGCUGGCGGUAGGGUGGAAGAAGGCCAAUGGGGAGAAGCACACUGACUGGUAUACAAUACAGAUGUGGAACGACGUGGCUACGCUUGCACAGAACCUCAAGAAGGGCACGCGCGUGUAUGUGAAGGGGCGACUGCACAUGGAGGAAUACACAGACAGCAGGGGGGCGACGAGGCUGGAUACCAAGGUGUGGCUUUCUUGUGCAUGUGCCUCUGGUUGCGCAGGUGCGCUUGGAUGGCUGGCUGUCUGGAUUGAUAUGUGGGUGCGCGGGUGUGUGUGA